CCUCCCCUUGGGUGCGCUUUCCCCUCCCCCCCGCAGCCCGGCGCAGCGACCUCUUCCAGCGCUCCGUAAGGAGACGGGGCCGGGAGGGGGAGAGACCCGCGGCGGCAGGGAAGCCGGGAGAGACCCGGAGGGAAGAAGGAAGGACGAGGCAGACGCGCAGGCGGGAGGAGGCCGGAUCCCAGGCGCGGCUCUGCGGAGGAAGAGCGGGUGCCGUCUGUUAUAAAGGGGGAGGAGGCGGAGGGGGAAGGAAGAGCGUGCGGAGCGGAGCCUCCUCCAGAGACAGCCAGACACAGAGGGAGGAGAGAGAAGCUGCCUGGCUGGCUCCCCCUUUCCUCCCUCCCUUCUUUUCAUGGACUCUCUCGUUGGGCUGCUGCUGCUUUUCUUCCCUCCUCAUUCCGUCUCUCUCAUACCCAAAAUGAUUCAGCUCCAUGGCUGCCACUGACGGGGAUGUCCCUGCCCGGCUCAGCCUGCCGCUGCCGCCCUGCUGUGCGCCAGUCCUCCUGACUCAGCCGCAGACAUUAGUGCUAGGAAGAUGGCGCACCCGGCAAUGUUUCCUAGAAGGGGCAGCAGCAGUAGCAGCGGCAGCAGCUGCGUUACUGCUCCCACUGCACCAGGUACCGGCGUUGGGAGCACUACCCUCUCCGGUGAGGAUUAUCAGCCGCCUUUGCUGGUCCAGUCGCCGCCUCCAUCUGCUGCAUCUUCAUCAGCGGGUCCACAGCCGACACCCCCUCCUCCACAAAGCCUGAACCUCCUUUCGCAGUCUCAGCUCCAGCCACAGCCUCUUGCACAGACUGGAGCUCAGAUGAAAAAGAAAAGUGGCUUCCAAAUUACCAGUGUGACCCCUGCUCAAAUAUCAGCUAGUAUGAGCUCUAAUAACAGCAUAGCCGAGGAUACAGAAAGCUAUGAUGACCUGGAUGAGUCCCACACUGAAGACCUGUCAUCUUCAGAAAUCUUGGAUGUUUCGUUAUCCAGGGCCACUGACUUGGGAGAACCUGAGAGGAGCUCCUCUGAAGAGACUUUAAAUAACUUCCAAGAGGCAGAGACUCCUGGGGCUGUAUCUCCAAACCAGCCUCAUCUUCCUCAGCAGCAUGCUCCUCUGCCUCAUCACCCACAGCAAAGUGUUGCGAUCAAUGGAAGCGUUCACCCCCAUCAUGUUCAUCACCACCACCAUCUUCACCACCACCAUCAUGGACACCAUCAUCCAUCGCACCCUGGGAUGGGCAGUGCCCCAGUUUCAGGAGGACCACCACCCAGUCCAUCAUUUAGAAAACUAUCAACAACUGGAAGCUCUGACAAUGUUAUAUCAACUGCACCAGUUUCUGCUGCAUCAUCCACUGGUUCCCCAGCAUCUAUUGUGUCUAACAUCCGCACCACAAGUACUCCUGGCAAUUUAGGUGUAAGUCCUGCUACUGGAACUGGUACCUUAAAUAACAUGGGUGGUGGUGGUUCUAGUGUGGCAAGCAGCGUGCUUGGUACUAUGAAUUUAAGCAACAUCACAAGUACUGGUAAUGUAAAUGCUUUGUCUGGAACUAGCAGCAAUGUUAAUGUGAAUAUCUUGAGUGGUGUUGGCAAUGGUACGAGUGCUUCCUCUAGUGUCAUUAACAACGUUACUAAUCCAACUGCAGGAAUGGCAGUGGGAUCAAGCCAGCAGCAGCCUGCAUCUGGCACCUCAAGGUUUAGGGUUGUAAAAUUAGAUUCUAGUUCUGAACCUUUCAAAAAAGGUAGAUGGACAUGCACUGAAUUCUAUGAUAAGGAAAACACUGUUGCAGUUUCAGAAGGAGUAGCAGUAAACAAAGCAGUAGAGACGAUAAAACAAAACCCGCUUGAAGUGACUUCUGAAAGGGAGAGCACCAGUGGGAGUUCUGUUAGCAGCAAUGUAAGCACACUGAGUCACUAUACAGAAAGUGUGGGAAGUGGAGAAAUGGGAGCACCUACUGUGGUGCAGCAGCAAGCAUUUCAAGGUGUGGGUCCGCAGCAGAUGGAUUUUAGCAGCACUGCUCCGCCGGCAAUUCCAGCAUCUAGUAUACCACAGAGUGUUUCUCAAUCACAGCUUGCACAAGUCCAGCUGCAUUCUCAAGAAGUAAACUAUCCACAGCAGAAGCCAGGGGUCCAACCUCCUGCACAGGCUAGUCUAACCACUGUUACUGGGGUUCAGCCAGCCCCAGUUAAUAUACUAGGUGUAUCCCCGUCUUUGGGCCACCAGCAGCCUGCUAUUCCAAGUAUGGCUCAGCAGCAGCUACCAUAUUCUCAGCCGGUGCAGCCUGUUCAGACUUUGCCAGUUGUGCAGCAGCAGCAGUUGCAGUUUGGACAACAUCAACAACAGCAGCAACAGACAAUUCCAACGCAGUUGGCCGCAGGUCAUGUUAAGCCGGGGAACCAAAACUCUGUCACUGGGGCUAUGCCAGACUACCUUCAACAUCAGCAGAUGCUUCAGACUCCAGCCCCUGCCAUGCAGCCCAGCUCUACAGGAGUAGGAGCAGGGCAACCGGUUCCUGUUGCCCAGGCACAGAGCAUGCAGCCUUCAGUACAAGCACACCCAGCUGCUGCCCCAGCUCAGCCUGUUGCACAUGCUCCAGCAGUGAUACCAGGUGUAGGGUCCAGUGGUCAAAUGUUGAACGUUGGGCAGCAAGGAAGCGUAGCCACUGUGGUGCAACCACCAUCUGCUGCAAACCAAAUUCCACCUCCAGUGAUGCCGUCAACGGCUGCUCCUCCAUCUUCACAAGUAGUGCAGCCUGUGCAGACAGGAAUAAUGCAGCAGGGAUUACAGGCUAGCUCUUCAGGCCUUCCUCAGCAAAUGGUCAUUGCUCAGCAAAACACCUUGUUACCUGUACAGCCGCAGGCACAAGGAGUGGAUUCUGUAGUCCAAGGAAUGACUGGCCAGCAGCUGCCCGCGGUUAGCCCUAUACCAUCUGCUAGUACUGUUCCUGCACCAAGUCAGCCUGGUUCAGCUGUGCCUCCUGGCAUACCUUCUGCUUCUGUAGGUUUGGGACAGCCGCAGAAUAUAGCACAAGCUUCGGCUGUGCAGAAUGGGAGUUUGGCUCAAAGUGUUAGUCAGCCUCCCUUGAUAUCAACAAGUAUAGGUAUGCCAGUGGCACAGAGUGUGCCACAGCAGAUACCACUAAGCUCUACCCAGUUCCCCGCACAAUCAAUAGCUCAGUCAGUUGUAAGCCAAAUUGAAGAUGGCAGACGGCCUACAGAACCUUCCUUGGUGGGUUUACCUCAAGCUGCCAGUGGUGAGAGUGGUGUUGGAGCAUCAGCUGUUUCAGAAGGCAAUAGCAGCAACAUGCCAUCUUCUGCUUCUCUCUUUCCGCUGAAGGUGCUGCCAUUGACAACGCCCCUUGUAGAUGGUGAGGAUGAGAGCUCCUCUGGUGCAAGCGUGGUAGCUAUCGACAACAAAAUCGAGCAAGCGAUGGAUCUGGUAAAGAGUCACUUGAUGUAUGCGGUAAGGGAGGAAGUGGAGGUCCUCAAGGAGCAAAUCAAAGAGCUGAUAGAGAAGAACUCGCAGCUGGAGCAAGAAAACACUCUGCUAAAAACACUCGCCAGCCCGGAGCAGCUUGCCCAGUUCCAAGCACAGCUGCAGACUGGUUCCCCACCUUCCUCUUCCCAGUCACAAGGGACAACACAGCAGCCUUCUCAGCCGGCAUCACAGGGGUCAGGGCCUUCAGCGUAGUUCCAAGAUGUUAUUGCCAUCGUGAUCGCCGGCCUCUGGACUGCCCAGAGCAAGAAGGACUAGCGGGAACCCGCUGCAGCCACCCUUCAUCCAUUUCAGUGUACACUGCAACCCAGACUGAGGACUCCGUGCCCUGCACACAUCAGCAGGGGCUUCUCUUGCCCUGAAUUACGCACUCAUCUUGUCUCCCUCUUUCCUCCUUUCCCUGUUUGGCUUGAAGGAGUCUUUGUUCUUAGGUUGGUUGAGGAGAGUAAACUUCUUCCAGAGAAUUAGCACAAGAACACUGGGGACUUGAGCAGCUUCUGCAAAUGGCUGAGAAACGAGGCUGCAUGCCUGAAGUUCUUUGGUUUGUUUUUAAAUCUUCCAUUCAUCCAGUGAUGCAACUGAUACAAGUGCUUUUCAAGCAUGGAAAUAUGAAGAAAUAGACUGGAGUAAAAAGUAAUGGCUCAAUCCCCCGUAGUACACUGGGGUUCCAAAGUGAGGACUGGUGCAUAGGAUCUAAGAGGAAGAGGGAGAAAGGUAAAUUCAGUGUUUAACACUUAACUGUCACCUGAAACCUUAAGUGCAAAUAUUUGCACCGUUUUCUGAAGCAUUGGACAGGUGCAUAAAGCUGUAUUAUAUAUAGAAAGCAGGUAGGUGACGUACAGUUGGGUCAUAGGAUAAUUACAAUGAAGGUUAUUUGCCUACUGUAUAUUGUGUAUUUAGUGUAAUUACUUUGUAAAAUAGAAAACUGUAACUAUUUAGGUUGUACAGAUUGAAGUUUAGUUGUUUGAUUGGCUGAUCUGAAGAAGUUUGGGAAGUUUUUUUUUUUUAAUGCUACAUAAAUAAGAAUGCACCUACGCAACUGUUCAGAAUUUGGCAGAUUUAUGCUGUUUGUGUAACUUCUGAAGUUCCCUGGCUGCUGAUUAUCUCCAAGUAAAUCUUUGUUCAUUGUAGUUUGGUUCAAGACAGGAAAAACCACUCCAAAAAUUAUCAAACCCUGCUAGCAAAGAAUUAAAAAAAAAAAAUAUUAAAAAAAAUUGGAUUUCCCAGUUUGGAUUUUUUGCAUAUGAUCUGUAUAGUAGUAUGCAUAUGUUUUUGUGCAUGUUCUCUAAACAGUUGUAACACGUCGAUGUAUUUAACUGUUGCACUUGUCAACUUUCAAUAAAGCAUACAAUGUUGAUAAA